CUCGCAGGGAAUGCUUACGUAAGACAUAUGCAGUGGUUUGUCAGCCAUGCGCUAGCUUUCUGUAUCUGCAACCUCUAGGUAGUGUCGGCCUUGUACAUUAUCAAGCCCUCUCCAAUGCAAAAGAGAUGACGGCAAGUGGCGCUGGUGCUUCUGUCGCGACUCACGCGGGAGUCGCAUGUGCCUUUUGUCGACGCCGGAAGCGAAGCUGUGACAAGCGACUGCCCCAGUGCUCCGCCUGUGCGUCUAGGAAUCUCGAGUGUGAAUACUCCAGAAUCUUUGCACCCAAUGAUUAUGGCCCACAGCAGGCCAAUACGUCGAGAGAAUGGACUUCAACUCAGCCGCUCCUCACAGCGUCCGACAGCAAUCCGACUUUUCCAGCAGUGUACUUUCUAGACAAUCGCGUAUUCCAACAUAGCCGCAUGCAGCUGCCAAGGACCAACUGGACUGUCCCACCAAUCAUUGCCGACUAUGUAGGAGACCCUCUUCCACUGGCCUUGCAGUAUUGGAACAAGGUGCACUCAUGGAUGCCCAUAAUCUCUAAAAAGCGCUUCUAUGACCACUCGUUAAAUCCCCUCAUUUCACGAGACGUUGAUGUCGUUCUGCUACUAUCCGCUAUGAGACUCUUACUAUGGCAUCCAGCCCAGGAACCAUGUCCGGAAACAGAGUACAUGGCGAUACGCCAUGCUAUUAUUGAGGCAGAAAAUCUUGGUGUUUUCACCCUUCAACUGCUACAAGCUAAGAUACUCCUGACAAUUUAUGAGCUCGGGCACGCCCUCUACCCCGCAGCAUACUUGUCUGUCGGCUCAUGUGCGCGCUUUGGUAUAGCAGUUGGCGUAAAUCAGUGUCUGCAGGCUACUAAUCUAUCCACUUCUCCCGAAGCUGCAUUGGAGACCGAGGAGAAGAAGAGGACGUGGUGGGCAGUUUUGAUGCUGGACCGCACCAUGCAGCUAGGGAAUCCCACCCAAAUGCUCGCUACGGAAGAACCAGCAUCCUCCAGCUACCUGCCAGCGGACGAUGAGUCUUUUGAAUCAGGGAAUAUCACCCGUGAACCGUUCCGUGCAUCUUCUCCGGCAUCCAUCGAAAUGGGUAUGCUUGCAAGAAUGUCUCAAGCAACAUUCAUACUCGGUCGUGUACUUCGUUUUCAAGCACGAAGCUCUGAGUUUGAGGAUGAAGCAUUCCGUGAGUCGGAGCGCUUGCAACUAGAUAAGACGCUGCGAGCCCUCUUAAAUCUUGUAUACAUUGAAGGUUCUGUCAAACGCAUUGCUGUUUGUGCGCAGUCUAGUAUCUGCUACAGUGCACUUAUUGCCCUACACGAUCCAGAGGCGAGACGAACUGACCUGGAACAAUUCGAUAUGAAACUGGUGCUUCUUGGGCCAGUGGUCAAAGAAAUGACCUGGGCAUCUGGGAUCUGGUUUAGCGAACGCCUUGUUAAUAUAUCCGAUGCAUCUCCGUUCUUGCUAUUCUGGGCAUAUCAAGCGAUCACGAUAUAUCGACGUCUAGAAGCGCGAUAUGGUAAUGAGACACAACAGCACAUGCUGUUAAUGAAGGAGAAACUCAGAUUGAUGUCACUGAGAUGGAAAGCCGGAGAGGCAUAUUUGCAAAUAUUGAACGCACGAGAAAUUACAAUGAUGUAGUGGAAUAAGCAUACCGGGGCAUUAUAGCGAGCUGAAUCCGCGACACCACAAUAUCCGCGACACCACAAUGCUCACUAUCUUUUCUCCAAGUCUUCAAAAGCAAGCUACUAUUCUCUCAUGUUUUCUUUUGCUAUGAAACACAACCGUGUUAUACUUUAAUCUGGUCUAUUCCAGUGUUGCAAUGAACUCCUUUACAGUCAUCACUCUUGAUGCAAAGAGGGGCCAGAUCAAAUCCGUAGCCGCAGUUUUCAACUUAUUGC